AAAUUUAUUUCAGAAAAGCUCAAAUGUGUUUCAGGAAAGCGUAAAUGUGUUUCAGAAAAACUCAGAUGUGUUUCAGAAAACCGCAAAUGUGUUUCAGAUAUGCAAUAUGCCUUUCAGAAAAACACAAACCCAUUUCAGAAAAGCUUAAUUUUAUUUCAGAAAACCGCAAAUGUAUUUCAGAAAACCACAAAUCUUUUUCAGAAAAGCUCAAAUGUGUUUCAGAAAAGCGUAAAUGUGUUUCACAAAAUCACAAAUGUAUUUCAGAAAAACUUAAAUGUAUUUCGGAAAAACACAAAUGUAUUUCAGAAAUCCAUAAAAGUAUAUACUUUAGAAAAUGCAAUUACUAAUGUAUGUAGUAUGCAUGGAGAUAAACUUAAAAAAACAAAUAUUUUAUAAAAUACGCAGUUAAUAUUCAAUAGUAAUUUUAUGCGGUAACGAGUAAUAAAUUUAUUAAAUGGAAUUAAAGGAUAAUUGCACGAUUUGCAUGAUGGACAUGCGCAGAAAAUCAGUCGUGCGUUUGCUUCCAUGUGGACAUUUAUUGUACGCAAAAUGUAGUGGACCUGUCAUUGUAGAAGAAAAGUGUCCAAUAUGUCGAGGAAAUAUUGAAGGAAAUAUAACAACGAGGACAGAUUGCGGAUUGUUGAGGCCGCUAAUAAGGGAGAAGACUGGUGCAGUUUAGCAUCAUCUUUAGAUAUAGUUUAUAAAACUGCUUUCACAUGGGUGCAAUCCGGCAGAGUCGUGACUCAAAAACGAGGUGGAGAGAAUGAAAAGAAGCUGACUGAAAACGAGGUAGCUGUAAUGGUUCGUUGGGUGGAAGAAGACUGUACUGUCACCUUAAAGCAGUUAGUCUCCAAAGUGCAAACG